GAUCAAUGAGCGAGCGGAGCUGUCCGCGGUGCUGAAGUAAGUUCGCGAUGGACCGACUUCCAGCGAACGGAAACGCAUUCAUGCGUCCUGUUUUUAAAAUAAAAGCAUACACGAGUAGGCGUGUUAAUAUUAUCGCACUCCCUUGUAUAUGAUUUAAACUCGCCCCCUGCAACUUUGCGGUUGUUUCGAUCCUUUAUUGUUGUUUGGUGGAUGAUGUAGAGAGACGUUUUAACGACUCCAACGCGACUGAAGCGAUCCUCGCAAGCAGACUGCGCGGCUCUAGCCACAAUCCCCUUACAAAUAGGCCAACAAAAACAUAACUCAUACACCGCAGUCCCAUGACUAAAUGUGUUUCUGCUGCACACGUCAGGACGUUUGGGUGAUUGGGUUUCAGCCCUUUGCUUUAUGCCUCCACUGCCGCUCAGUCUAGUGCAGUUGGUGGUGUUUCCUCGGGGUGAUAUAACUCUUUUACUCCAUUAAUAACGCAGCCACCACCGGCUCACAUCAGCCCGGGCCACGCGGGUGCUAUACAGGCCUGCACGAUCACAUGAUCACCGUGUAAAUCAGCGGGGACAGCGAGCCACGUGUGUUUUCUAUGGAGUCAAUAAAUGAGAAAUCAUUCAGGGAAUUUAUGAUUAGCCUUGGCUCGGCUGUUGUGCAAGAGGUAAAUUACACCUGUGACCGUAUCGCACAACGCAAGGUAUGUACAAUUAUUAAACAUGUGAACGGACGUGUUAAUGCUCUUAAUUUACACUUUUAAGAUGUUGUUAUUUUGUAGGUUUGGAGAUUAAAAAUAUAUAGGUCCAGAUCUCUGUAAAGGUCUAUCAGUGAAUGCAUGAUCGCAAAUUAACAAAAAAAAAUAGUGAUUCAAUUUAGGCCGGGGCUUUACAUCUCAUGGUUUUAUGACGUCGAGGCAGUUGUUUUGGUACCCCACCCCCCUCCUCCAGACCCCCACCCGUACCCAAUCGGAGCCUCCGCUGGCAUUCUACCGGAGCCGAAAUGGGUCCAUUCAUGCAGCGGCUAGGUCCUCCCGUAAGUACCGUAACGCCCUUCGUCGGGUGCUCUGUGGUACCCGACUGCUGCUUUAAACGGCAGCACUGAUGACAUGGAAAGCCCAUUGCAGCUGCAGAACGAAUUCUUCCCUGAGCAGCAGUUCCAGCACUGUAAGUACCAGCACUACUGCGGGCGGGAGGACAGGAUCGGCAAGAAGCACGACCAACGCUGCACCUGCAAUAGCUGCACCUGUGAUGCGAGAAAAAGCCUCAUCUUUCGCGGGACGUCGCCGACUGCUCUGGGAACUUUAAGGACACCUUCGGAAACGUCUUCGAGGCAAGGUUGCCAGUACAGCGUUUGCGAGUUCACACCCUCCAGUCAUGGUAGUUCAUCCCGGCAUCAUCCUCCUCCUCCUCCUCCUCACCCUCAGCAGCAGCAGCAGCAGCAGCAUUGCCGCGAUCGGCAGCGGGGCAGCCUGGGCAGCAGCCACAAAGACAGUAACUCCAACAAUGAAAUAGCCAUGAGCAGCUGCAGAUACAACGGCGGCGUAAUGCGGCCGCUGAGCAACUUGAGCUCGUCCCGCAGAAACGUGCACGAGUUUGAUUCCGAGUCGCAGCCUCUGCAGCCCAUCUCGGCCGCGGAUGCGUCGGACACUUUGGUAUCCAAGCCGGAGAAUAAUUCCACCACACUGAUGCCUUACGCAUCGGGAGACGGGGCGGGCGGCUGCGGCCACAGCGGCGGCAAAUCGGGGAAAAAGAAGAACCAGAACAUUGGGGAGAAGCUGGGACACAGGAGGGCCUUGUUUGAGAAACGGAAGCGGCUCAGCGACUAUGCUUUAAUCUUCGGGAUGUUUGGGAUCGUUGUUAUGGUUAUAGAGACUGAACUCUCAUGGGGAGCUUAUGGAAAGGAGUCGCUGUAUUCAUUAGCGCUAAAAUGCCUGAUAAGCCUUUCUACAAUCAUUCUCCUGGGCCUGAUUAUCAUAUACCAUGCGAGAGAGAUCCAGUUAUUUAUGGUGGACAACGCAGCCGAUGACUGGAGGAUAGCCAUGACAUAUGAGCGCAUCUUCUUCAUCUGCCUGGAGAUCCUGGUGUGCGCCAUACACCCCAUCCCAGGGAACUACACCUUCACCUGGACGGCCCGCUUGGCCUACUCCUACGUGCCCUCGAAGACGGAUGCAGACGUGGACAUCAUCCUGUCCAUCCCCAUGUUCCUGCGGCUGUACCUCAUCGCUCGCGUCAUGCUGCUGCACAGCAAGCUCUUCACGGACGCCUCGUCACGCAGCAUCGGUGCGCUCAACAAGAUCAACUUUAACACACGCUUUGUCAUGAAGACCCUCAUGACCAUCUGUCCCGGCACCGUGCUGCUGGUCUUCACCAUCUCACUGUGGAUCAUCGCUGCAUGGACUGUGAGAGCUUGCGAGAGGUACCACGACAACCAGGACAUAACCAGCAACUUUCUAGGAGCCAUGUGGUUGAUCUCAAUCACAUUUCUUACCAUUGGAUAUGGGGACAUGGUCCCAAACACAUACUGUGGCAAAGGAGUCUGUCUCCUGACUGGAAUUAUGGGAGCUGGCUGCACUGCCUUGGUGGUGGCCGUAGUGGCAAAGAAACUGGAGUUAACCAAAGCUGAAAAACAUGUCCACAAUUUUAUGAUGGACACCCAGUUAACAAAAAGAGUGAAAAACACAGCUGCGAAUGUACUCAGGGAGACGUGGCUCAUCUAUAAGAACACCAAACUGGUGAGAAAGAUGGACCACGCCAGAGUCAGGAAGCACCAGAGGAAAUUUCUCCAAGCCAUUCACCAAGCUCGGAAGUAAGUCUUCGCCUCACACGUAGAUACAGACCUGUUGUGUGCAUGCUAAAGAGAGCUUGUCCUUGAACCCAAUAAUGUGACUAAAAAAAUUACACUCCCUCAUUUGAUAAGUGAAAUUCAUGCCAUGGAAAAUGUGGUAGUUUGCGGUGAUUGAAUGGUUUCACACGACACAAUCAUAAUGUUGCCAAAUUAUUUCUUUCCAGCUGCGACAAAGGUUUUUGUUAGAUGUCUGUUUGACUGAAUAGUUUGUAAAUUCUAUAAAAUAUACAUUAGUCUUACAUUUUUUCCUUCAAUCUUCAGGAUUUUGCCAAGAAAGCUUUAGAAACGGGCAAAAGCAUUUUUUUAUGUCUCUGUAUUGAACUUUCUAAACACAUCCACAAAUGAAUAUUAAGUGAAUUUCAAUUAUCGGUGAUGGAGGGUGUUUUUCUUUCCAUUUCUGCAUGGAUGUGAUGAGAAUUUGAUCUUUAAUCAGAAAGCCACUGAUUAAACUCCAAUCAACAGUGCUUUCACAUACCGAAGGAUGACGACUAGAGAUCCACAGGAGACCCUUUAUAAGAUUUAUCGUAUCCCUCAAGUCAUGUUACACAACCUAGCAGUCAUGUUCACACAGAUUAGAGCUCAGGGUCAUCUUUCGGCCUGUGGAACCAGUGUUACGCCUGUUGCUGCUUUUGCGGCCACAUUUACCAUUGUUCUGUGUUGGAUGACGCAGUAGCAAAGACUCUGAAAUGGUGUUAUCAUGGCUGGUAAACGGCAUAAUAACACGGAUAUACAGCUGCCAUGCAUCUCUGCACUACAAGGGGUAUUGGCAGAGAUGACUGUAUAUGCAGUCACCCCUGAGGUUUUUUGGCCUAUCACACCACAGGUAUGAUGUUGCACGCAUGCAACCAAAUGUCUUGCUGCGUGAUUUGUCUUGGGCCAUUACAGCCGCCCCCACCCCAUCCUCCGGGACCUGUCUCUUUCCAUCUACAAGGUCGGGAAUCUUACCGUGUGGCAGGGCAGUCACUGCUGGUUAGCUAUGAGAUGAGAGGAUUGGAGACACAGGAAAGUGACCCGAGAGGAAGGUCAGGGUGAAGCCCGCAAGCAAUCCAGUUUGAGCCCUGGAGGCGGCGAUUGUGACCAACGGCAAGAGGCUGUCAGCGGGGACAGGAAAAAAAAAAUGACAGGCCGCAGAACGGGCACCAUCUCUAUUACACUGAAAAGAAAUUACCAUUUGGUUCCACAAUGAGGUAAAGGGAGGUCAUGACAAAGAAAGCAAGUCGAGACGGUAAAAAAUAUGGUGCAGCACUAACCGAGAUUGCCUUAACUGAUUUAGUGGGGUAUUAAAAAGCUUUGCCUACUCGUUUUCUAGUGAUGAAUAGCAAGCAGAUUUAGAGUGGCCAUUGAAAAGGAGAAAUGCCCAUGAGGAGUGAUUGACUAAGGGAAGGAGAAGCAUGAGGAGACACAUGAGUCCCUCCUUGUCCUGACCUUAAGCUGCGCAGUCCUUUGACCCCAAAUCAAAGCUGUUAGUCAUCCAACUGUGAAAUGUGUCAUUUUUAAGGUCUUACAUUAACUUUAAAUGCCUAUAACCCUUCAUCAUUUUAGAUGCCCUCGUCUAAAUUUUGAUAUAUCAAUAAUAAAAGUGCAAUAGUUUUGUAUACAGAGCCUGAUUUGACUGCAGCAUUUGGUUCCUCGGGUUGUCAGGAUACCGUCCUCUGCCUGUAGGUUCUUUAAGUGACUCCCGUGGCACCCUCUGUUGGUCCAACCUGUCAUCUUCACUCCACAUCUGCCUGUUUUCAGGAAACUGAGAAAUGAUCGAACAUUGCAUGAGAAUGAAUGCAUCUCAGCUAAUGAUCAGACAACUCCACCCUCAAGGGCCCCUUCAAUCCCUUCACUAUCUUCAUUAUUGUUGCCCCUCAAUUCACGCUAAACCUUGCAAUCACCUCAAAUUGCAUUCAUGUCUUAGUCCGUUACGGGUGUUUUUUAAAUUUAUUUUUCAAAGCCAAACCAUUUUCAAACGUGCCAACGAGAUGCUAUUCUGUGUAGUGUGCCGAGUUUAAUUUAGCAUGCGUGGGUGAUUCCGGAAAAAAACCCUCUUUAAUAUCUGGGAACCACGUGUGGCCGACACUUUACAAUACUGCUUAGUUGCUGUUUUUGCCCCCCGGAGACUAUGAGUAAAACAGGCUUUAGAAGCCUAAUUAAACAGGAGAUGUGAAUUAUUUAAGAGUGUUGUAUGAAGAAGGCACGCUAUUUUUUGCAGACUUUACAAGUAGCAUUAAUUAAUUUUAAUAAAGAAGCUAGCCAUAUGUUUUCUGUCAAUGAGAAAAAUGAAUCUGUUUGAAGUCAUGUUUGAUUUUCUAUUGAAACUCUGCAAAGGAGAAUGAUUCAGAUAUGCUUAGAUGGCUGCCUUCAAAAGAGGAAGAAGAACUUUAUUCUCUAUGUUCUAUAACUAUUUGAUAUUCGUGGCUUUGCGAGUGACCCAGAUGUACAAUCUGACACAUAAAGAUGCUGAAGGACUAUGAGUGUGCCUUGUUCCUUUAUUAUAUAGUUGAUAUUGGUAUUGGUUGAGUUGGACAGCGAGCUGGUCUCAGUCUCCUCGGUGGCAGCUCUCUCUUCUACACAUGCAUGCAGCUCAACCAAACAGACUGACCCCUGCAUUCUCUACACACACCCUGUGCAUGUCCUGGGAGUGUUCCCCGUGUGUAUGCCUUGUGUGUGCACAAAUCUAAUGACAAAAUUCUGAUAGCGUUAAUUUAUUGGGUUCUGAAUGGUCUUGUGUUCAGAUUGAGAAGUGUUAAAAUGGA